AUGGGCAACGACACCAGGGGCCUACCCAGCCAGACGAUCCAGGAGCUUGCCGCGCGGCUGGCCACGCUGACCGACCUGCGCCUGCCCGCGCAGCUGCGGCGGCAGGAGCAGGGGCCUUCGCCGCAGGAGCGGCUGCGGUACCUGACGCAGCUGCUGCUUCACGACCCGGGCGUGUUCCUGGAGCGCCACGGCUCCUCGCUGACGUCCUCGGAGCGGCUGCACUUCCACAGCCUGAGGGGCGACUAUGAGGUCGACUUUUACUUAAAGAUGCUGGAGGAGCAGGAGGACCAGCACAAGCGGGAGACGGUGGCGCGCAACCGCCGUCUGGCAUACAUGAACCGGUUGGUAGAGCAGGGGGCUUACUUCAGCGAGAAGGAGAUGCGGGAGCGGCAGCCCGGCAUCUACCAUCAGUACAUUGGGCAGUACCGGCCGCCCGAGCCGCCUCAGGGCGGCGAGGGCUGCCAGGCGGGGACCAUCCUGGCUGAGAGUAUCAUGCGGCAGCAGGAGGAGCUGGCCAUGCGGCAGCGGCAGGCCUCGGAGCAGCGGCAGUGGGACCAGGUUGAGGAGGAGAGCGAGGAGGAGAGCGAGGAGGGGGCCAAGGAGGGGGGGAAGGAGCCAGCAGCGGCAGGGGGGCAGGCGGCAGCUGAUGGACGGCGACAGCAGCAGGAGGCGCCGGCACCAGCAGCGGCAAGCGUCCAGCAUGCAGCUGCGGCAGCUAGCGUAGCGCAGGCGGGUCCACCCGGGGACGAGGAAGAGGAGGCAGCGGCGGAUGACCCGGGGGAGGGCCCCAGCCAUGUGAUCAUACCAAAGGAGGAGCAGCAGGAGAACGACGCUGCCUUCCUCGACAUCAUGCAGCAGCGGUUUUUGGCGGGGAGGGAUGCGGGGGUGGACUAUGCGGCUAUCGACGCAGAUGCCGAGCUGGACGAGGAUUGGGCGGAGCAGGCGGGGCGGGAUGCUGAGGACAAGUAUUUCGAUGACUGA